AUGAAGUUCGCCACCGUGUUUGUUGUGCUGGCCGCCGUGCUCGGUAGCUGCUAUCUGGUCAGUGCGCAGACGCACAACUAUUUCUUCGGUGCCCGCGUACCGUACGACACCCUCGUGAAUCAGACCACCGUGAUCCAGACGAGUUCGUUCCUGCGCGUCAAGUCGCUCAACGUGGAGUACCCAGGGAAGGGACAGCGUGGCCGCAACAUUACCGCCAUCUACGUGUACGAUCGGCUCGGUUCUGGCCGUGGCGGGUUCGCCAGCAUUACGAAAGGUGGCAUCGGUCAGAACUACACCACCAUUCAUCUGAAGACGCAGCGCGGCAAUGGCAUGAACUUCCAGGUGGAAAUCUAUGGCCGAUAA